AUGAAAUGCGUAGCAUUUGACAGAGAUGUCAUCGAUAUCCAUUUUCAGAAGAUGGCUAAAAUGUUCUUUGAGUUAGGCGGAGAAGCUAGUCUCAAGCAAGCCUUUGUUUCAUCACUUCCAAAGAUGUUAGCAAGCCGGACCAUGACGAUCGUUGAGGAGAAGUUUCAAUCAAUAACGAUCCCACCGGUCGGCUACAUCAGGCAAGCAAUAUUUCUAGCGUUGGAUGAUAUCUGCACAAAGAGAUCUGUUUUGAAGCAGAUCAUACGAAACAAUCCAGCCCUUGAUAAAGCUUGCGGAAAGUCUGACCUAAUUACUGGGUCAAGCUGUUCGUGCCAUGUCCCCAGACGAAAGGGAAGGUUCAAGCGAUUCAAAUGGCCAAGGCCUUCAGGAGAAGGAUCCCAGUUCAGGAGGCGCACAAAAUAUUUCAGGAGGAGGAGCCCAGGCAAGUCCCGAAAAAAUGAUAGAUGCUUCAUCUGCAACAAGAUUGGGCAUUAUGCAAAAAAUUGUCCCCAAUCCAGAAGGUCGAUCAAGCUUCUUACUGAAAUAGAGGACUACACUGGUAUCCAUCUAGAUGAAGAUGGCGAUCUUGAAUCCGUUCUCUCAUUAGAGGACGAACCCACAGAGAAGACCCUCUUUUCCAUGGAUGUGUACGAAGAAUAUGGCGAUGAAUAUUACCAGAUUCAGAACCAGAGGGAAAGGCUCAAGAAUAUAUCAACAACAUCAUGGUGA